AUGGAUCCGAAAUUGCUUUGGAUUACUCGAUCUGGUAACGUCGAUGCUUUGUAUUCACUUAUUGCAAAGGAACCAUGUCUUCUUAAGAACUUAGACGUUUUACCCUUCAUCCACACACCUCUCCACGAGGCUUCAUCUACGGGGAAGACAAACUUGGCGAUGGAGUUGAUAGUUCUUCAGCCGUCUUUUGCCAAGAAAUUGAACACGGAGGGGUUUAGUCCGUUACAUCUCGCUGUUGAAAACCACCAUUCUGACUUAGCUAAAGAGCUGAUUCUGUUUGAUUCCACUCUUGUGCGGACUCCUGGAAGAGGAGGCAUGACACCACUUCACCAUGUGGUAACAAUUGGUGACUUGGACCUACUUGCAGAGUUUCUUGUGAUUUGUCCUGAGAGCAUUAGAGAUCACUUGAGAAUGCAUUGUUUACUACAUCUAACUGUUUUGAUAUCCCACUUCCAUGACUGUGGUGGCAGCAUCAAGAUCAAGAUAGAAAAAUCAGAUAGAAAGAGGAAAAAGAGAGAGAGAAACUUUGUGUACAUUAACGAAAAGAGUGAUGAGUUCGUUCACCUAUACUACUAA